AUGGCGAGAUCGAGUUCGGCUCGCGGCAAGAGCCCGUUGCCGCCGGCCGCCGCAACCAAGAGCAGAGGUGCCAAGGGCACUUCCUACAAGUCCGACGGCGUUGAAGACAACGACAUCUUUCUUCUUCCCACCUCCGACUAUGUCGUGGCCCUUCUGCUGACGCUGUUGGGUGCCCUUGUACGCGUAUUUCGAAUCUACCAGCCCAGCAGCGUCGUCUUUGACGAGGUGCACUUUGGCGGCUUCGCAUCGAAAUACAUCAAGGGUAAAUUCUUCAUGGACGUACAUCCACCACUGGCCAAGAUGCUUAUUGCACUGACCGGUUGGCUUGCUGGCUUUGAUGGCAACUUUGACUUCAAGGAGAUCGGGAAGGAUUAUCUUGAGCCUGGCGUUCCCUACGUGUCCAUGCGAUUGUUCCCCGCCCUCUGUGGAAUUCUUUUGGUUCCCUGCAUGUUCCUCACUCUCAAGGUUGUCGGUUGCCGUACCAUGACCGCUGCCAUGGGUGCCUCCCUCGUCAUCUUUGAGAACGGCCUCCUCACCCAGGCUCGACUGAUACUGCUCGACUCUCCCUUGGUCGCCGCGACUGCCUUCACCGCCCUCGCCUUCUCCUGCUUUACGAAUCAACAUGAGCUUGGCCCCGCCAAGGCAUUCCAGCCUGCUUGGUGGUUCUGGCUGGCCAUGUCCGGUCUUGGCUUGGGCAUCACCGUCAGCAUCAAAUGGGUUGGCUUGUUCACCAUCGCCUGGGUAGGCGCAUUGACACUGCUGCAGCUCUGGGUCCUCCUGGGCGACAACCAAAACGUCACCAUGCGCCUAUGGUUCAAGCACUUCAUGGCCAGAGCUUUCUGCCUCAUCAUCAUUCCCGCCACCUUCUACAUGGCCAUGUUUGCCAUUCACUUCCUCUGCCUGGUCAAUCCCGGCGAUGGCGAUGGCUUCAUGAGCUCCGAGUUCCAGGCCACUCUUAACAACAAGGGGAUGAGUGAUGUUGCUGCUGAUGUCGCCUUUGGAAGCCGCGUGACCAUCCGUCACGUCAACACUCAGGGUGGCUACCUGCAUUCUCACCCACUCAUGUAUCCGACCGGCAGCAAGCAGCAGCAAAUCACCCUGUACCCUCACAAGGAUGAAAACAACAUCUGGCUUCUCGAGAACCAGACGCAGCCCCUUGGUGUUGAUGGUCAGCCCUUGAAUGGCACUCACGCCUGGGACAACCUCCCCGACGGUCCUGUAUUCGUCCAAGAUGGUGCCGUUCUUAGACUGUACCACGUCCCUACUUUUCGUCGACUGCACUCACACGAUGUCCGCCCCCCGGUGAGCGAGGCCGACUGGCAGAACGAAGUUUCCGCUUACGGAUACGAAGGUUUCGAGGGCGACGCCAAUGACUACUUCCGAGUCGAGAUCGUCAAGAAACAGUCCCAUGGCACGGUUGCCAAGGAACGUCUGAGGACUAUUGAGACCAAGUUUCGUCUGGUCCACGUCAUGACUGGCUGUGUCCUGUUUUCUCACAAGGUGAAGCUCCCUGACUGGGCUUCCGAGCAACAGGAAGUCACGUGCGCGCGCGGAGGCAGUUUGCCCAACAGUCUGUGGUACAUUGAACACAAUGAGCAUCCCCAGCAUGAUGAAAAGACCCCCAGGGUCAACUAUCGCAACCCUGGCUUCUUCGGCAAGUUUUGGGAGCUCCAGCGUGUCAUGUGGACCACCAACGCGGGCCUGACCGAGUCUCACGCCUGGGAAUCCCGCCCUCAGUCUUGGCCUAUUCUCCGACGAGGUAUCAACUUCUGGGGUAAGAACCACACCCAGAUCUACCUCAUUGGCAAUCCUAUCAUUUGGUGGGCCUCCUCCAUCACCAUUGUUGUCUGGGCCUUGUUCAAGGGUGUUGCUCUCCUGAGAUGGCAGCGCAGCUACAACGACUAUGCCGACCCAACCUUUAAGCGAUUCGACUAUGAGCUGGGUACUUCGAUUCUUGGCUGGGCUCUGCAUUACUUCCCCUUCUUUCUCAUGCAGCGUCAGCUUUUCCUCCACCACUACUUUCCUGCUCUGUACUUUGCCGUCAUUGCUCUCUGUCAGCUAUUUGACUUUGUGACAGUUCGAUUCCUCGGGGUCAAGUCCAAAGAUGCGGCUAUUAUCAAUAAGGCGGUGACCAUGCUUUUCCUUGUCGCAUCCAUCGCUGCGUUCUCUCUACUGGCUCCUCUUGCCUACGGGAACAGCUGGACCAAGGAUGAUUGCAGGCGAGUUCAGUUGUUCAGCACAUGGGAUUGGGACUGCAACAACUUUUUCGACCGUUAUGAUGAAUACACUUCCGUCAGCCCAGAAGAGCUUAGUUCCUCGGCUUCCAAUAUUCCCAGCAUUCCCAGUUCUCCUGUCCCCCUUGGCCAAGGACAGCAGCAGCAAAAGCCGCUUGGAACCUCGCAGGAUGCACCGUCUGUCAAGGUUCUUAGUCACGAGGAGAAGGUUGAGUUUCGCGACCAAGACGGCAACCUCUUGGACGAGGAACAAAUCAAGAGUCUUGAAGGCAAGGUCAGGUUCGAGACCAAAUAUGAGACGCGAACCCGCGUUGUCGACGAGGCAGGCAACGAGCUGCCUGUACCCGAUGGCGGGUGGCCCUCGGACAUGGCUGCAGGCGUAGCUCCUCCCCACCCCGAUGUCCAAGGCGUCGACCAAGAGACAGUCAAGGACGAGCAUGUUGUAGCUCCCCAGGACGCAGCUGCCAGCCGUGACGGCGAGAAGGAAGCUGAACGGUCCAAGGCUAAGCCUGCCAGCGAUUGGCAAGAAGCCACCGUCCGUGACGAAUUGUAA